AUGGCGGAGCUACCAGAUCCAGAGGUAAAUAUUAUUAAAACAAUCACGACCGUUUUCGCUCAUGAAUUAUUAAUAUUGUGCAAUACGAAAGUUAUUCUCUGCUCUUGAAUGUUUUAUAGUUAAAGUAUGAAUAUUCUACAAACGAGCAAUGCAGCGAUCGAAAAGGUCAGUAGUUGCUUAUAUGUUCUUAUUAACACUUUUAGUAUUAACAACAGUGCUUCUACAGUAUUCAGCUGUUUGGAGAUCUUUGGAUUCUGCAUUUGACAUUUGUUAUACCGAAAAUCCUCAUCAAAUAUCUACUGAUGAUUGAUUAAACUGUUAGUAAAGUUGAUAUUACAAUGUUAUGCAUCAGUCAAAUCCAAGUCACUGCCUGAAAAUAUUUAAUCUUGAUUUUUAGCCCAGGAUGAGAUUUUAGCUUGGUUAUUAUAGCUCAAACCAACUUAAAUUUUUGUCAUAUUAACUGAAAUUUGUUGCAAGUCUGGGCCUAAAUGUCAUCCUGGGCUGAAACUUGACCCAGGGUAAAAAGUGUGACAAUCUUUUAGAGAAGGAAAUAGCAACAUCAUCAAUAGGUGAUAGUGACAAGAAAGUAAAAAAAAGAAAAAAAGAAGAAAGAAAGAGAAAAAAACAAAGAAAGAGAAGAGACAAAAGCAAGACAGCAGCGAAAGGAAGAUGGCAGUAA